AUGAGAGGACACGUUUUCAACAGGAACAGCACGAGAUCAAACGUCGCAUGGAAAAGGUUAUGCUCAAGCUUAUGGCCACCAGACACCACAUCGAGACGCUACAGCAAUGCAUCACAGAGCACGAUACUAAGGUUUGUACCAGUGCCUCGAUUCAGUGCGCGAACAUUGAUUCUCCACCCACACACAGUUUUAAUCUUCCCUUCGACAGACUCCGCACAACUGCAACCCACAGACAUUGAUAUUUGUAAACAUUCAGCCAUUACCAUGACAACCGCAUGCACAAACAGUGACGUCUCGCACACGGCAGUUGUCACGUUGCCACUAGCGCCAGUUUCCAACACCGCGGUUGACGCUCGUACUCCCUCUCUGACAGUGACGCCUCCUGUGCCGGACCCGCUAACUAAAGACAAGGCCGCCACUACACGCAAGCGUAAGCGUAACGCACUUUUUUCGCCGACUCCAGAAGCGUUUGUCACCCUUGCGCGGCAGACAUCUUCUCUAGAAACGCCUGUCGCGCCACCAACUCAGAUUAUGGCCAUACAGCACACUACAUCAGCAAGGGCACAAACAGCUGAUCUGAAGACAACCGAACAGCACCCUCAGAAUACUUCGCAUCUGCUGAACCACACCGGGCGUGUUGACCUCGCGCCACUCCACCAGGCUGCUGCACAACACACGACUCACAAUCGAGCUCUUUUAUUUCGCCCCCAGCCCCUCCCACUUCUAGGCCCCCUGCAACCUGCAGCACUCCUAGCUGACCCUUCCGAGAUUUCUCGCCCCAACCUUCACUGUCCAAUUCGUCCCGAGCUGAGUCCAGUGACACCAACAGCUCUCCGUCAAGCUCUUUACCCCCCUCUCAGACCUCUCCCCCAUCAUCAAAGUACUCCCAACCAAGCACAUAUUAUCCCCACAUUCCCGUGCCCCCCUCAUUGGCCGAGUGCGUCGCCCCCUACUUCCACACCGGCCACAUCAGUAGUGCGACGUUUCCCACUCCCCCACCCUCCACAACCGUCGACACUAUCAGAGCAUUCGUGUGCCCUAACAGGUUCGUGUUCCUGCACGUGCCGUGUGCGUCACAGAUCUCCUCACCACACCCACACUCCAGGGCCGGCCGACGCCUUCGCCACCCUCAGAGAUUCGACGACUACACCAACGAUAGUAUGGACAGUGCUGAGGAGCCUGUCAACAAUGAGUGUAACAAUGACUCAGCUGAGUGCUCCUAAUAUGCUUACAAUCAAAAGAGAGAUAUGA